AUGGCAGCCAAAGGCCUGUCUAGCAGUCGCUGGGCUGCCGCCAGAUCGAGCUCGGUACCAGCCACACGAACCAGCAACUAUGCGCCGCCACCUACAGAAAGCCUACAUCGUGCCGCGGUUGACGCUCCGAUCAAAUCUCCUCCGCCACCACUGAGCCCUCUUCCGGCCCUCAACUCGGGCAUCCAAGUUCCCAACCCAAAGACGUCGUCCGUCGUCCCCUUAACGGUCAGCCAAAAGGAGGCCCCGCGAGCCGAGUCCGAGCUGUCGCGAUACUUGCGCAUAGUGCGGCGGAUGAAAUGGAAGCUGCCCUUUUUGGCACAGGGUUACCGGCAGGCCACGGAUCCGACGAGUCCCGACUUUGCCGAUGCGGACAUGAUGUUCAGGCUUGACUUUUUUGAAUACUACAUGCUGCUGGAGCGCGCGCUGGUGCAUCUUCAGGCGGUAUUCAACAUUGUUAUAACGGGCAAGCUCAACGAAUCCUCCUCUUCUUCAUCUAACGGAACUGGACCGUACAAGCAUCGGUACCACGCCAACGUUCUCGAGGCGUUGGACAGCACGGACAACCCCCUCCAUGGCGCGUUGGGAAAAGGUGACGUGCGCCGAGCUCUCGGCAGGGCCAAGGAUCUGAGGAAUAGGUGGAAAAACGCCGAUGAUGCCAAUAGGGAUCAAGCUCCCAAUCUGCCACUGGAGAGCUACGACCUGGAGAACAUACUCACUACCGUCUAUGGUGGUCUUGAUCAGGCCUGCAUUGUGGCGACCAAUUACGUCAACGAGCUCAAGGCAAUUGCUGCUGCUGCGGCCCGCGCCUCGGCCGCCGCGUAUCCCAAGUUCAGCUGGGCCGACGAGAUGGAGACGCCGACUCCUGGGAGGGAGGACCGCUCUGCGCCUUUUGAGGAAUGGCCCAAUCAGGAGAAGAGCAAGACGGACGAGGAGGCGGAGUGGCAGUUCAUGUUUGAUGCCAUGGACUGGCAGGCCAUAUGA